CGUCAACUCAACUGUCAAGUCAGAACUGUCAAAUUUAUUCGACGAUAUGUUAUGACUUUGAAACGUUAAUGCGAGAUUUUUUAAAGUUUUUCCCUGUUUUACAGUAUAUAAAGCGUUACAUGACACGUUUUAUCAUUAUGUAAAUGUGAAUAAAACGUGGACGACCCUUACCAGGGCUAUUCUCAAUCACAAUGGAGCCGGAGCCAGGCACCAGCAAGAAUUCUUCGCCGGCAAGUCCGAGCCUUAAUAUUUCUAAAUCUAGACUUACCAGGGCAAGGAAACGAAGACGUGUAUCUAGUGACAGCAGUUCGGACACCGACCCUGUGCUCCCGGAGAACCUUCUAGAGGUAGAAAAGAAUCUUCAUGCUUCUGCUAUGAAAAAUAAUCUGGAUGAUGUCAGUGUAAAGAAGAUUUUAAAGACUGUAGUUACAAACGAUCAUGUGCUGGCACUGGUGAAGCUUCAAGAAGAAGAAGAAAACAUGGAAGCCCACUCAGAUACUCCCAAGCCGAAGCUUACUAGGUCUAAGGCUAAAGAGCUGCGGAAAGUGUCCCCAAAAACAGCCUGGAACCUUGAGAACCUAGAGCUAACACCAAUCAAGCAUAUACCAGUAAAGACCCGGCCGGAGGUCACGGCACUGAUCGCCCAGGAGCUGCCGGAAGACGAGGAUGAUGAAGAGUAUGACCCCAGGGCGGAUGAUGUACCGAGUGAUGAUGACCAAACUCUGGAGUCGUGCAGCGACCUGGACUCGCAGCCCCGCACGCCGGCCACGCCGCGCCGUACCGCCAGUCCCAGGAUCGUUAAAGAUGGACCCUUUAAAGUACCACAGGAGAUUUCAACGCCCCGCCGCAAACUGGACACGGACGAAGAGGCCACCAUCGCGCUCCGCACGCGCUCCAAGCUGUCCCUGUCGGCCGUGCCCAUCGACCACAUCGAGGGCUCGUUCGUGCCGCCCGACGAGCCGCCCACGCCGGCCGCCGACGACGUGUGGACCGAGUUCCUGCACAUAUGCCUCAACCCCGACACCGAGGCGCAGGAUGACGACGACGACCCCGAGUACAACGUGGCCCAGGAUCCUGAUGCACAUGAUGAAGACGAGGAAGGCCUAGAAAACAUAAUGAAGAUAUCGAAGAAGGAAUUGAACGAUCUAGUCACUGAACUAUUCAGCGUGAUGCCGGAAGGCUUGGGCGAUGAACUCGGAGGUAAACUCACGAGCGAGACAGGGAAGAAUAAAGGGAAAGAACAAAAUCAAUCAUCAACUAGUUGUAAACAGGAACCGUCAUCCGAGGAAGAAACGCCGCAAACCGCGGCCCAGAUCCAAACGAGAGGGAAAGAGAAGCGGCUAUCCAUAGGAAAGAGCGAGGUGCUCACUGAUAGUGAAUGCCAGGAGAGUGAUAAGGAAAAUAAAGUGAAGGACCAAGUUCCUCGGCCCCCGCCUCCAACGGAAGUAACCAUAUCAGUGGUGGAGAACGGUCUGAACGCGGUCCCGGGCGCCGCCGGCCCGUCCGUGCCGCCGCCGCCGCUGCAGAGCCUGCUCGUCAGCACCCAGACCGUCGUCGUGCAAGUCGAACAGGGCGUCAAGGUAUUACCCGAACAACUAGAGAUAUACCGACAGCAGCUGCGACAGCACGUGCAGAUUUGCGCCUCCAAUUUCCUACAGCUGUUCGUGCACCCCGUGCACUGGGCGCUCGCACCCACUUAUAAAGAAAAUUUGGAAACAUUUUAUAAAUUGGUGGAGGACAACCCGGAUUCCGUGGCAAACGUCUGCAAUCUGAAGCCCGCCUUAGACUUAGUCCGAAGCUGGGAGACGUCCGUCUCAGCGGACACUCCGGAAAACAUGGAAAUGAUUGCAUUCGUUCAGAAGGAGAUAGAAAGAUCUCGUCGCCGUGCCGCCCAGAACAAUUUAUACGUUGGCGAUUUCCCCAAAACGUUCAUGAACGUCGUGUCCAACAGCCCCGUGUUCCUGUACCCUCACCUGUUGCCGCCCAUGCCCUUCCGUUCGGACGUCUUCAGGAAGUUCGGGUAUCUGCGCUGCGAGGACGAACUGCUAGCCCUUGGCCUCGACCAAUUCUGGCAGUACGUAGAAGACAACCCCGACUUAUUCAACCUCCAACCGACUAACUCUGUGCACCGCGCCGGCCUCAUCGCCACGCUGCAACUAGUCUGCAAGCACAUGUUCCCGUGGAUCAAGCCCAAGGGGCUGCUGGCUCACAUACGACAUGUCAGGCAGUUUAGGAAGGAUAACAAGGACAAUCCCAUCAUUAAAUUCUUUGAAACCCGAGAGGUGACGCCGGUGAAACACACGCUGCUACCGUUCAGCGCGAGCCUGACGCUGUACGAACAACCAGAAAACGAAAUGCCGAGGAUCUGGGUCCGGCAUCUCGCGAAAAGCAGCAAGCGGUUCAUGGAUGCCAAAUACCGCCGCACGACCUUCCUCCACCACUUCGGGCAGGCCCCCGCCGGCGUGCCCGUGCGGCCCGGCGCCGCCGCCGCCGCGCCGCCCAAGCCGCCGCUCCCCAUCGCCUUCACCAGGCAGUACUCCACCUGCCGCCCCUCCGACCUGCCCAAACACGCCCACAACCCCCAGGACAGAUACGACAUCCAGCUAGCCCCCCCACAGGAUACCGCGACUCUAACCCCGGUAGCGACAACGACCGAAACGUUCCAAAUAGUCAACUACAGCGUCGUCAACACUCCUAGCGGGGCUUUCUUAAUACCUGUAACCGUGGCAACCACCGUCACCGACAGUGCGACGACUCCUAUUUGUUCCUCGGAAGUGAACGAGACGUCACAGACGAAAAGACUCUCUGUGUCUAUACCGAUUAAUCCAGUUAACAAAAACGUCACUAACGAAAUAUCUAUUGGUGAUCAUUGUCUUUGCUGUGUUAAAUUAAGGAGGAUUAGUAAACUAAAACAGACUUUAAUAACGGAUUUUUUAAACGUACCAAAGAAGCGGCCGAGUUGUCCGUGUAAAGAGAAGAAAAGUACGAAAUACCCGAGAGCUACAAAGAAGUUGAGGUUGCUGGUGAAUAGUUAUAAGGCGAAGUACUCCCUGGCGUGGAGCGCGUUGGAUAGUCAGGUGAAAAUGCUGAAGAAAAGCUUGAGUUUUAAGACUCAGAAACCGAUGGUGCCUGUGCAGUAUAACUUGGAGGAGAUAGCUGCCGUGACAUCAUUCCAACUCAAACUAACCAUGCGCUCCAACGUAGCGCGCAGCGUAUGGGUUAAAAAGCGUAUCUACUCCACCAUCGCCCAAUUUAACCCUGACACUGACAACAUCUACACGUUCAUGAAAAAUAUAGAGAAAAUUCUAGAUACGGAGGGAGUGGAUGUUUAUAAGGAGUUUUUGGGCUUUUUGACGAUGGAGCAGGCGGAUAAGAUCGGGAAUUAUGCGGAUUAUUUUAACCAAGAGUGCCUAACGGGGUUGAUGAAGAAGGUUGAGGAGCUAGUAGAAUGCAGAAAGCGCAAAUACGAAAUCCUACACUGCGUGUACAACACGCUAGUGGUCCAACGUUGGAACGCGUGCGACAUUUGCUCCCGCAUCCUCGACUCGUGUGACGGGUACCCGUCACUGGCAGAAUACGUGUUCUCGCUGUUCCCGCACACCAACCCGAUACUUGACCCAAAGGAUCAGAAUAAAGUACCGAUCCGUGAAGAAAACAAAAACACACCAGCGCCGAGUGCUCGAAUAUUAAUAAAUUCAGCUCAAAUAAAUAAUAAAAAGGAUACAGGCCCUACAGUCGAAUUAAAUAUAGGGAAAGGUACUGUCCCUGAACAGAGUAGUAGAAUUCUACGAUCUAGGAACAAUAAGGCGAAAAACAGUACUGGCCCACAAUCUAAACACGUAGAGAAAAAUGCUGUAGUGUCAUUACUUUCAGAUGAAGAAGACAGGGCAGUUGAACACACAGAUAACGUACAGAAUAGCACACCACAAACCGUAGACAAUAUAGAGGCACAAAGGACAGAUAGUAUAGAGCACAAACUAGAGCAACGUACAGAUAAUAUGGAGGUGGACAAUGAUAACACAGAGAAUGUAGAAGAGUCUGUGCGCGACGAGUCACAAGCGAUGGACUAUGAAGCUGAUCAUUCGGCCAGUGAUGACGACUCAAGAAAUAAUAGUUUAAUAAUUAAUGAAAAUCCAGAAGAAUUAAACGAAACACAAGACAGUAUUAUUAAAACGGAGGAACCUGUAUCAGAGAACAUAAUAGAGACACCACAGCCCACCAUGACCAAAAACGAAUUCCAAGAUUACUCCGAAUCCGACAUGUCUAUGAUGAUCAUGUCAGAGGACGAACACUCAAUCAAAAAAGAGGCCCCUGAGUGGAAGAGAGAUGAAGAUAAAACACUUCUAGAAGUAUUGAAGCAGAGCUUGACCCCAGAAGAAAUGAAGGAUAAAACUAUUCUGGAAAUAAUUGAGCAGAAAAAGGUUCUGCAGCUAGCCUCAGAGAGCCUACCUGAAAAAUCCUUGGAUGAUGUUAGGGAACGAAUAUUGUAUUUGUUAGAGUUUUUAGUGCUUAAUGAAUCGAUGAUAAGUUGAUAAGCUAACAGUAAUUUAAGAUUAUUUAUGACCAUGUAAUUAUACUGCUAUAAGUAUUGA